AUGCGCUCCAAGAGGCUCACCACGGAACCUCCAUGUAUAACAGAAGAAAUGUUAGAAGAAUGCUUAGCCACAGAUGAUAUGCUUGUGGAUUACUUUAAUGAAUUUUUGAGUCUUCCGACAUUUGCCCAGCCAGUGAAGUUUAACUCUGAUGUUGGGGCUUUUGAAGUAGUUAAUUAUGCCCCACAAUGCCUGGAAAGCCAGCCGAAAAAAAAUCUACAUGAUCAGAAACCUCCAAGCCCCAUUUAUGAUGUUCUAAGCAAAGGAAAGAAUGAUGGGCAGCUCUCCAAAAGGCAUGGUGCUUCUUCACCCUUCAGUAUUGAUCAAAAUUACAACACUAUGCAACUUGAUCAAGAGCAAGCAAUUGAGUGGAUUAAGAAAGAAAGGCUUCCAGCAUUUCUAGAAAGUGACUGUUAUUUUGAAUACAGACUAGCUAAAUUGAUAUCACAGGUAGAAUGGAGCAAGACUGGCAUUAAUUUCAUUAUAGAUAGUGACUACUCUCCCUGGAUGAGGAAGCAAAGCCCUCGUUCUCCCCCUUCUGAGGAGGACGACUCUUCAUUGACUUCAUUGAUGAUGAAGAAGUUCUAUGUAACACUUGGCGAGGCUACAGUUUCUCAGGUAAAGGAUUGGUUUACAUUGGCAAAACAAGGUGAUUCUGUGAAAACUACAGAUUCAUCUACACAUGCUGUAGCUUCUAGUAAAAUUCAAGAUACUCAGCAUUUGUCUGGGCAGCAUGAAAGAGAUGAAUCAUUACCUGAAAAAGGUUCCCUUCUGGGGACAUCAUCUGCAAAAGCCUAUGUUACCAGUGAGAGAUCUGAAGAGGCUGAGGAGGGCUGCUCUGUGGCCAUUGUUGAGUCUUCUUCCCACACACAGUCAAGAGUUUAUCUAAACCCAAAAUGGCACAGUGCAGCAAAAGAAGAAAAUGAACAGGGAAGCACAACUUUUCAGACAGCAGAAGAAUUCAUACCAGCAUCCUCUCAAAUUGCAAUGAAGGAACCCACUUCAGAGCUGACCCACCAGCCAGCUGCUGACACUGAAACCUUGGACUGCAAGGAAGAUGUAGAGAAACAAGGUCCUGAACAAGUAAGCUUGAGUUCAAGUUCAGAAAGUGUUGGGCCAGACAGCAGGGCUGCCUGGUGUAUUAGUCACGGGACUUACGACACUGGCAACAGACAUGAGUUUGAAAGAUUCAAGAAGUUCAUUAAAGGAACACUUGGGGAGAGGUACUGGUGGCUCUGGAUGGAUAUUGAAAGACUAAAGGCUCUUAAGAACACUACAAGGCAACAAAGGCAACUCAGUAAGAUGAAAAAACUGUACCUUCUGAGCAGUGGAGACUAUUUCCUCAGUUCAGAAGUGUUGCUCAGACUUGAACUACUGCAUGGAGAUCAGUGGAAUAUAAUGCAUUUAAGACAGAUUCAGCCUGAAGUAGUGAAACCGCUACUUCUUUACUGGGGUCCCAGAUUUUGUGUCACUCAUUCAACAGCAAUAGAUGCUGCGAGUGCAAAACUGAAGUUCUGGCACACAUGUCAAGAGAGACCAAGAGUGGAUAUUGAUCCUUUCCCACAAAUAGUAUCAUUGUUACCAUUGACCCAAAAGUCUGACAUACCACCUUCCCUUCUUCAGGAGAAAAGUGCUGCUGGCAGUGUUGUCUUCAGGGGAUCAGGAAUUGAAAGCAUGCUGCAGUCUCUUUAUUUGGAGAACAGAGCAGGCUACUACUUCACACAAUUCUGUGAGAAGUCAGGGAAUAAGUUGUGGAAGAACUGUGUGUACUUUUGGUUCGACCUACAGACUUAUAGUCAGCUUUUUUACCAAGAAACACUUCAACAUUUUCAAAUACGCAAUCAAGCUCAAUUCCUUUAUGCAAAUUACAUUGCUCCAUCUGCCAGUAUGGACAUUGGACUUAAUCAGAAUAAGAAAAACAUGAUUUAUCACAAAAUUCACCCAGCUUUUGAGGACCUUUUUGACACAGCAGAAGAACAUAUCCUCGCUAUUCUGCUGGAACCAUGGAUGAAGAUGGUGGAAGCAGAUGAAUACACUUAUAGAAAGGUGGAGUUGGUGGAAGAAACUCAACAGCUGGACUCCGUGUACUUUAGAGAGCUUCAGGCUUUGCAUCAAGUGAGUAGUUCCAAGAAGGAUGAGGGUCCGGUUGCUGACACGGGGGCACUUGUAGAAGAUCAGAACUUCCAUCAAGCUCCCAAAGAAUUGGCAGGUCCUAAUCUAUCUGACCUGAUCCAUGACAAAAAGAAAUUAGAACAGUUCCGGGCUUUUCUUAAUAAGCAUUCUGCUAGCAUGGAUCUCAUGUGCUGGCUAGAUAUUGAAGAGUUCAGAAAGAUGCUCCACACAGAUAAAGAAAAAAGUGAUGAAAAAUCUAAAGACAUUAAAACCAAGUACUUAAACAACAAGUACUUCUUUGGACCCAACAGCCCAGCUACCAGAGAACAACAAGAAAAGCUAAUGCAUUCAGGUGGAGGAAGGAGACAAAGCCUUCGUGAUCAGCUUUCGGCAGCGGUUCUGCUAGAAGUUCAGCAAUGCACCCAGAAGAGAUUAGAAAAACAAUGGCUGCCAUUGUUCCUGGCAGAUGAACACCAUGGGGUGGAGGGACAAGCAGAGGUAAGCGACAUAGCUGAAGAUCUUUCACACAAAGACCAGCAAAAGAAAACCAUGAUGCGGAAGCAUGUGGACAAUGAGAGUGUUUCUUCAUCUAGUGAAAUAAUUGCUUUCCGCAAAGCACUGUUGGAUCCAGUGACAGCAAAUCUGUUUCAACGAUUUGUGGCACUGAAGGGAGACCUACUGGGGAAUGGAGUGCUCUUUUGGCAAGAGGUGCAGAAGUAUAAGGACCUGUGCCAUUCACAUUGUGCUGAUGCCAUAGUCCAGAAAAAGAUCACAGCUAUUAUUGACUGCUUUAUUAAUUCUGCCAUACCCCCAGCUUUGCAGAUUGACAUCCCACCUGAACAAGCAAAGAAGAUUGUGGAGCACAGGAGAGAACUUGGACCCUACAUUUUUAGAGAGGCACAGAUGAGUAUUUUUGCUCUUCUGUUUAAAUUUUGGCCAGAAUUUUGUAAGUUCCAAAGCAGUCUGGAUAGUGACAAAAUUCUAGUUGCCUUGGAGGAAAAAAAGGAAAAAGAGAUGCGAAAGAAGGAAGGGAUAACAGCAAAGAAUUUGCAGGGUAAAGAAACGGGGAGAAAGCUCAUGAACUUGACUCAGCUUAAGUCCUUGGCUCAACCUAAGUCCUUGACUCAACCUAAGUCUUUGACUCAGCCUGACCCCUUGACUCAGCUCAAGCCCUUGACUCAAGUGCCAAAGAGUGCUUUGCUAGAUGAGCUUAAUACAAAGAGAAGAUCAUCAACAUCUUUAGCACCUGUAGAUGGAUCUGAGAGGAAGGCUUCCUGGUCCUAUUCCAUGUACAUAGAAGCCUUGGAGCAAGAAAAAAUACUCAUUAAAAAGCAAGAAGAUCUGGAGAAAACCUCAUCAUUCCCUCCAGGUUCCUUGUCUAUGUCCACCCUGAAGCCUGAAAGUUCUGUGAAAGCCACUAUUCCUAUGAAGCAUAAAUUCUGA